AUGAGAGAGUGCAUUUCGAUCCACAUUGGUCAGGCCGGCAUUCAGGUCGGAAAUGCUUGCUGGGAACUUUAUUGCCUCGAGCAUGGCAUUCAGGCUGACGGCCAGAUGCCGAGUGAUAAAACCGUUGGGGGAGGUGACGAUGCUUUCAACACCUUCUUCAGCGAGACUGGAGCUGGAAAGCAUGUACCUCGUGCAGUUUUUGUAGAUCUUGAGCCCACUGUCAUUGAUGAAGUGAGGACUGGCACAUACCGCCAACUAUUCCAUCCUGAGCAGCUCAUUAGCGGAAAGGAGGAUGCAGCUAACAACUUUGCUCGUGGCCACUAUACUAUUGGGAAAGAGAUAGUUGAUCUUUGCUUGGACCGUAUCAGAAAGCUUGCGGAUAACUGCACUGGUCUCCAAGGUUUUCUGGUUUUCAGUGCUGUGGGUGGGGGCACUGGUUCAGGUCUUGGUUCCCUUCUCUUGGAACGGCUUUCCGUUGACUAUGGCAAAAAAUCCAAGCUCGGUUUCACUGUCUAUCCUUCGCCACAAGUUUCAACCUCUGUUGUUGAGCCUUACAACAGUGUCCUUUCCACUCAUUCCCUUCUGGAGCAUACUGACGUUGCUGUGCUGCUUGACAAUGAAGCCAUAUAUGAUAUUUGCAGGCGUUCCCUUGACAUUGAGCGACCCACCUACACUAACCUCAAUCGCUUAGUUUCUCAGGUGAUAUCAUCGCUGACUGCCUCCCUGAGGUUUGAUGGUGCCUUGAAUGUUGAUGUUACUGAAUUUCAGACUAACCUGGUACCAUAUCCAAGGAUUCACUUCAUGCUUUCAUCCUAUGCUCCUGUGAUUUCAGCAGAGAAAGCAUACCAUGAACAGCUUUCAGUUGCAGAAAUCACAAAUAGCGCAUUUGAGCCAUCAUCUAUGAUGGCCAAGUGUGAUCCACGCCAUGGCAAAUAUAUGGCUUGCUGUCUGAUGUACAGAGGUGAUGUCGUCCCUAAAGAUGUCAAUGCAGCUGUAGCUACCAUUAAGACCAAGCGCACUAUCCAAUUUGUUGACUGGUGUCCCACUGGAUUCAAGUGCGGUAUCAAUUAUCAGCCUCCAACCGUCGUUCCUGGGGGUGAUCUUGCCAAGGUGCAGAGGGCCGUGUGCAUGAUCUCAAACUCCACUAGUGUUGCUGAGGUUUUCUCACGCAUUGACCACAAAUUUGACCUUAUGUAUGCCAAGAGGGCAUUUGUGCACUGGUAUGUUGGUGAGGGGAUGGAAGAGGGUGAGUUCUCCGAGGCUCGUGAAGAUCUUGCUGCCCUGGAAAAGGAUUAUGAGGAGGUCGGUGCUGAGGCUACAGAAGGUGACGAAGGCGAAGAUGGAGAUGAGUAUUGAUUAGGAAGUUUGCACGUUCAGUCUGUUACUUGUUUGUUUAUGUUAUCUUUCUUGAUGCCUUGAUGGGUUCUUUUUUGCACUUUACUUGGCUUAAUCUCCUAAGCUGUUGACAUAUGCUGUUGUUUGUAUGGUUGACCAUUCGGUGGAGCUUGCUCUG